GGAUUUCUCAACCAAACAAAAUUGAGUCAAAACUUGCUAAGUCUGCAAUUUAACUCAAAUUUUGACUGCUCAAAUAAAAGAAAACUUAGGUUUGAGAUUUUUUUCCAGAAAUCCCAGCCUGAAGUUGUAUGGAUUUGAUCUCCUUGCAUAAACAUCGUAACAUAUAAUUUAUAACCUCCAAGAUUUAGUAAAAUAUUGCAUCUAUGAAACAUGCAUACUUUGAAAUCUGAUAUAUUGGUAUGCAUUUAUAUCAUUUCUGAAUCCUGAGAGAGGGAGGAUCACCAUUAAGAUAGGAGUAGUAUAUUAUAUGCAAAUAGUUUUUAGAAAGAUUGCUGGGGUGCAGAUUAGAGUAGGAAUUUUAAGGUAGUCUCCAUUAGGUUUUGAAUUAAUUAUUAAAAGAACAUUUAUUGUUAACAUUAUAAUUGAUAAACAUGCACAUGUAUCUCAGAAAAUAGUUCAUCACAAGGCCAUACAAAAUUAAAAAGUUGUUUGUUUGCCCUAGCUCACCCAACCAACUAAGAAGGCCUCCCUGACGUAAAAGAUUUUUAGAGCCCAUUGGGAGUAACGCUGUUAGAUUCUCUUAGAAGAAAAAGAUGCCUGCCCACCUACCCAAUUUUUAUUAUAAGGUUGGGAAAGGAAAAACAAAUAUAGACAUUUCAUAAAGUGGUCCAAUUCAUGACAAGAUUAUAAAGUUUAGAUUUACAAGGGGGACUACUCCGUCAUGAUUGAAGCAGUGUGUUGAUGAAUGUUCUUAAAAAUAAACUUUUAUUUCAUUUCCAUUUAAUUGCAAACUUCAGCGUGAAUCACAAAGAUGAAAAAUAUGUAUUAAUAAUCUUUACUGGAAAUAGGACAUAAAGAUAUGAAAAAAACUAAUUGUCUUGUUUAAGCACUUUAACUCAUUUGAAUAUUCUCUGUCAUCAGGAGGCAGUUAAUAUUAUUUAUAUAUGAGAAAAUAAUUCAGAAUAUUAAUUUCAAGAAACUAGAAUUGUAUGUAUGCAUGGAAUAUAUCACAAGACAAUGGAUAUUACAGACUUUUUUUUCUCUCGAUCUUUCUUUUGUGAAGAUUCAUUAUGACAGAGUGAAAUGUCAAAUUCAGUGUAUGUAUUCAUUAGAAAUUCAGGCAUUAACAUUCGUGUUGUUAGAUUACAAUAAAGGUUUUGUUAAUGAGAAUAUUAAUAUGAAAUUUUACAACAAGUUGCUUAUGAAGUUGGGUUUUGACGAAGUGACCAUAUGAAAAUUUAUCUUCUUAAAAUGACAUAAAGCCCAUCUACUCCUCAAGUUAAAAGCUUGUUAAUGACAUAUGAUUUUUUUUUUUUUAUAUAAAACAUAACAUGGCUUCAGGCAUGGGUUGUUUUCGUUUAAAAAAAAAAAGACAUUUGGUUACAUCAAUUUCCAUCCUUGAAUUAAGAAUUUCCUUGGAGACAAUUGGAAAUAGGUUCCUUUUUAAAGAAUUAGAGAGAAAAAAAUCAAUUUGGUAUUGUCUACUGAUCCAUUCAUGUACAGGAAGCCAGCGGAGCUGGAAAUUAUGUCAUUGUGUUUUUUAUGAAAAGAGCUGGGUUAUGGAAUGUUUUAAAAAUUGCUUUCUGAUGACGUGAAGAACACGUGUUUACAGAGCAGGUUACCAGUCAAGUUGGAAAUAUAUUUGUUUCCUAACCGCGAUUUUAUACCUACUCCCAUAUCUAUUUACCUGACUGUUCUGUGUUUGUUCACUGAACUGUAAAACCCUGGACUAAUUUAACACACUGCUCUGUUUUUUGAUUGAAAUAGGAGCAGAGACUAGGCUGUACAGAUGUCUUUUGUUUUCUGAUUAUAAAAUUUUGGAAGAGUGUGCUGUAUUUCAACAGAAUUUCUUUCCCUUAAUUCUUUUGUUUGUGUGGAGUUUAUUGGCAUUUAAAAAAAAAAACUGGCAGUGGAAAGGCAUUGGUGGCUGGUGAAGCAUAUUGGAGUAUUUCUAUUGAUGGUGCUUUUAAUUGCUGUACGGUUUCAGUGGUAGAGACAGUGGUGUUUCCCAGUUUGCCUCAGAUGACCUUGUGUGUGGAUUACAUGUAGAUAGCUAGGACAGAGAGAUAACCAGGCAGGGGUGAAAUUAGAACACCUGACACUAGACUACCAUUGUAACGCGGUGAACAGAGCUGCAACCCAGCAAGACAGGAUAUUACAUAUCAAGAGUCUUCCGUGGAAUAUUACAUACUACAGACGUAGUGUUGUACAAUUGCGUAGAACGAACACGCUGAGAGUUAAAACUGUGCUGUUGUGUUAUCGUACAGAAUAACUGUAAACAUACCCCUGGGUCAAUAGUUUCAUUGAUAUUGGACGUGAGGUCGUUGCUGGCUGUCUCAACAAUAGAUAUAUAUUCUCAACGUGCUAUGGAGUGUGCAUAAUUUACACGGAAAAAGUCAUAUAAAUGUCUUGAAGAGGGAAAGAUAUUAAUAUAUGGUUUUAGCUUAAUCUUCCCACCUCUUGUUUGACACUAAGUGUUUAUGACACACGUUGGAUCAUAGAUCCUAAGAAUGCAGUAACUGUGCCAGUGUUUUGGAGGGGGAAAAGAGUGUGCUCCUAGCGUGUUGUGUUGUUCAAUGAUCUAACCGUUGCAGUCUUGUUUGUGUAAUUCAAUUUAAAGUGUUUUGUCUGGGAAAUAUUUACCAGCUUGAGGAUUAGAAAAUAAUUUUGGAUCAAGGGAAAUAAAUUUGCUCUUAGUUUGUCACUCACUUUUUGGAGAUUUUAUGUGAUGACUAUAAGAGUUUAGUACCUAGAAAGGAAAUAAUCAUGAAUAACAUAAUUUACGAUGAUUUCCAAGAGUGGCUGUAUAACCCCCACCCAGUUAAUACUGUCCAUCAGGGGAGUUUCCCACCUGUGGUCAAUAGUGGCCCUAUGAUAUCACCACCCCAACAACUCCCCCCUCAACAGCAGAGGGAGAACAUGGACACCAGUGAGCCCAUGCAGGUCUCCACAACAGGGGAUACAUACAUGGAAUGUGAAUCGUCAGAGUACUACGGAAGAGAUGCUGCAAGCAAGAGAGAGCAGAAAAGACGACCAAAACCCAAAGAUGGUACCCUGCUCAUUUGUGGGGUAUGUGGGGACAAGGCCUUGGGAUAUAACUUUGAUGCCAUCACCUGCGAAUCUUGUAAGGCAUUUUUUAGAAGAAAUGCCUUAAAAGCCAAGAAGACAAUAGAUAAUGCUGAUAGGACUAUACCAGAAAAUGUUUUUGCAUGCAGUUUUGAUGGAAAUUGUAAGCUGGACACCCACACAAGGAAAUUUUGCUCCGGCUGUCGUCUGAAGAAGUGCUUUGAUAUAGGCAUGAAAAAAGACUGGAUUCUGAGUGAGGACCAACUGGCCAAGCGCAGGCAGAAAGUAAGCAAACAGGACCGUGUCAAGCUCCGCAAGAUUGAGGACGGCAAUCCAAUGACCGCUUGUCCAGAAGUGUCCACCAGUAACUAUCACUCCGACGAGUCCUCAUCUUACAAUCAAUCCCCACCCACAGAUCUGUCCCCAUUCAAGUCAGAACUGGAUGACGACGACUACCCGAGACCAUUAUCCGAGGAAUACCGCAAAGAAAUUCAGAAUUUGGAGGAGCAGUAUGCAGUAGUGUUUGACCAGCCAUACAAUGAGUCUCAGUUCAAGAAACUUACAGAAAGUCCCCGGUCUGCCAAUGAUCUUUUCAAUUUAACAGACAUAUUUAUACGUAGAUUGAUAAAGUUUGCCAAACAUGUACCAGAGUUCAAACAGCUUCAACAGGAGGACCAAAUCCAUUUGCUUAAAGGAGGCAUCAUGGAAAUUAUGGUCUUGCGUUCAGUAAUGGGCUUUGAUGCCCAGGCCAUGGCGUGGAAAGUGCGAGGGGCAUCGAUGCAAAGUAAUAACAUUUGUGAAUCAAACCUAAGCCCAGAAAUGAUCAAAACGAUGGACACCGGCGUGUAUUCAGAGCAUGUGAAAUUUGUAAUGAGUCUAAAUCAACUCACAAAAGCCAACAAAACCAUAUUGACCCUUCUGUUCGUGAUUGAGUUAUUUUCCUCAGACAGACCAAGUCUCAAAAACAAGGAGUUAGUGGCCAAAGGACAGGAAAAAUUUUCUACCUGGCUGCAGGCAUACCUUGAAUCCAUUUAUCCUGUCAGUGAAGCUAGACAACUGUAUCCCAAACUUCUAAUGAAGCUGCUGGAUGUGAGAAGCCUGGGUGAAUCAAGUGCUCAACUUGCCUCCCAUCUCGAUAUUACGCGACUCGAGCCAUUGCUUGUGGAAAUCUUCAGUUUACAAAAGUGACAAGAAAUGGCACAAAGAUGAGUGGAAUUUGACAGACAGUAGCUGGUUUUGGCAUCAACGACCUUGUACAAUAUGGCAUCAUUAUGUUCUUCAUGUUGUCUUCGUGUACUGAAGCACCAUGCUCAGGCAGCUAAGCUAUCAUUGUCUUGGGAUAGGGAGUAGGUUGUUCAGGGCAGGACCAGUCCUACCAAGACUUAGGCACCAGGACUUCAUGUGUUUGUGUGAAUGAGAUCGAAUUAGUCUUAAAGAAAAAAGAUUUUUCUGCUAGCUAGCUGUCUUGUAAAACAAGCCUAUUGGUUAUAUUGUGGAAGUAAGGUAAUCAAAAUAAAUUCCUAUUUUUGAAGAAAUGGCUAAGUUUUAGAUUAAACUUUUGUUAAGGAGGGCUUUGAAAUGAAACUUCUUGGUGAGAAGUUUCUUUAGUUAUGUGUAGGCUUGCUAGUAAUAUAGUAGAUUCAGUACUAAGGAUGUCAAAAGCUUAUUUGUGGUAGUAACUGCCUCAGUUAAACGCGCGGACGACCCAGCAGUGGAAUGUUUCUGUCUGUUGAGCCUCAGGGAGGACAAAAAUCGUUCAGGGAAUCUUCAGGCUCGGCAGCACCUACCUCUAGAGCAUACUCACAAUUUAUUACCCAUCAGCCACUGCAUUUCCCAUCAUUUGCUGAAGCUUUCUGUUUUCAUGUGUAUUAGCUUUUUAUGUACAAGUGCUAUAAUUACCUAAUAAGUAGAAUAUUGCUUUGUAUUGUGUUAAGGGCACGAUGUGUAUGAGUCUAAUUCUGGAAAUUGUUUAGAAGAAAACAUAUCUCAAAAUCUGUGGAUUUAGCAUAGCAUAUCCAUUUGUUCGUUUAUUAUAUAAUCAGUAUAUUGUUGUACUGUUUCAAAAUGGGAAUAGUCAUUUUACACCAAGCAUCGACUUGAAGUUAAAUUUGUUUGCAUGUAUGUGUGUUAAAAGUGAUCCACCAUACCCCAUGGGGACUCGCAGCCCUGAACAGCACGAAAUUUUAGAAGACAUACAGUAUGGUGACAAAGCCAGCUUGCUGGGUACUUGCUAGUGUUAUAAUAGAAACCAUUGAUUGAUUUUUUUAUUUUUUUUUUGCUCUGGUAUGACGUAGGUAAUUAUUGAUCUUCAUGACCCAGCUCGAUCAGAGGUGCAAAAAUCAAGGUUGUGAGUCCCAUUUCUACCGCCUUAUCAAUAUGCGUACCGGUUAUAAUGUUUUAUGGCAUGCUUGAGAAUGGUGCUUGAAUGCAUUUUGUGUAUGUGUGUGUGUGUGUCGUGAUUGUUCAAACAUGUCCUAGUGAAAAGGGCCACCUAUAAGUGGCAGGAGAGUUAUUUGUAUAGUAUGUGAUAUAAGACCCUGCUACAGAUUUGUAAUAUCUUUGGUGGGGAAUACAAACUUUUUUACAUUGUAUUUGCCAAAUGCUCCGUUUUUGCUUACAUAGGAUGACAUCUUUUCCACAUUGUUCGGGUUUUAUUAAGGUUUACAGUGUACAAGUAUGUGUUGUUAAAAACAGAGUCAGUAUAUUGGUGAAAUUUGAUUCUACUUUUAAAAAAAAAAGAAGUAAACAUUACCUGUAAUUAUUUUUGGGUUGGAAUUGAGAAAUGCACUAGUGUAAAAUACCAAUGACUGUAGUUUGCAUUCCUCUGUUAUGCUUAAUUAUCAAGAAAUUAAAUCUAUUAAUUGUGAAACAUGCAUGGAAUCUGAAGAAUUGGUAUCAGAAAAAUGUCCAUCUUUAUGCAGUUCAGAAAUGUGAAAUAUUUCAUUUAAUUUUGACAAAAAGAUGAAGUGAAUUUUUUCAUGAAUGAAAAUACCAAAAUAUUCUCUACAUUUCAUUAGUCUAACUCUAUGACUCAAGUUUGCCUAUUAAGCAUAAAAAGAAAGAGGCCCUAAUGCAUGCACAUUGUGUCCAUGUUCACUGUUGUGACGCUGUGUGACUGGCAUUAUUUAUUGUUCCACUGUGAUCUCAUUUCAAAUGAAUCCGGUGGAUCCAAGAUUUUGUAUUCUAUGGAGGUGUCAUUGAGAAAAAUAAAAUCUAUCGGUGUUA